GGCUUCAAACCCUUCAUCUCAAUUCUCGAAACUAAACCAAAUUAAUCCGAACGCACGGAAUAUAUUCUUUCACCAUCAACAUCUUGUAUUCUUUCUUCUUCCUAUAGAGAAGCAAAUUUAGUUAAGAUGCUCAGCCAUUUACUCAACGCUGUCACGGGCGACAAUGGGAGCAAGGAGAUGGAAUCAUCAUCAGGGAAGAUCAAGGGCACUGUUGUUUUGAUGAAAACCAAUGUUUUGGACUUCAAUGAUUUCCAAGCAUCUGUCCUUGAUGGGGUUCAUGAGUUGUUAGGCAAACGGGUCUCCUUGCAGCUUAUCAGUGCUGAGAAGGGUGACGCUGCUAAUGGAUUGAAUGGAAAGCUUGGAAAACCGGCAUAUUUGGACUACUGGACUUUAACAGAUGCUUCCCCAGUAGCAGGGGAAUCUAAAUUCAGCGUUAACUUUGAUUGGGAUGAGGAAAUUGGAAGACCUGGAGCUUUCCUGAUUAAAAACAAUCAUCAUAGUGAAUUCUACCUCAAGACUGUCACUCUUGAGCAUGUUCCGGGUCAUGGUCCGGUUCACUUCGUUUGUAACUCAUGGGUUUAUCCUGACAAAAAGUACGAAAAAGAUCGCAUUUUCUUCACUAACAAGACAUAUCUUCCCCAUGAGAUGCCAGAACCACUGCGUAAAUACAGAGAAGAAGAGCUUAAGGCCUUGAGAGGAAAUGGAAAAGGAGAGCUCCAAGAAUGGGACCGUGUCUAUGACUAUGCUUACUACAAUGAUCUAGGGAAUCCUGACAAAGGUCCCGAAUACGCCCGCCCUGUUCUCGGAGGGUCUGCACAGUACCCUUAUCCUCGUAGAGGAAGAACAGGCAGACCACCAACGAAAACAGAGCCUAACACUGAGAGUAGGAUACCACUUCUUAUGAGCUUAAACAUUUAUGUUCCAAGAGAUGAACGAUUUGGGCACUUGAAGUUGUCGGAUUUUCUUGCUUAUGCACUGAAAUCUGUAGUUCAAUUCAUUGUACCUGAGUUAGAAGAUCUAACUGACCGUACUCGUAAUGAAUUCGACUCCUUUAAGGAUAUAGAUGAUCUCUACUACGGAGGAGUUAAGCUUCCUUCCGGCCCUUUGCUUGAUAAUAUCAUCAAGAAUAUCCCCUUGGAGAUGCUCAAAGAAAUUUUCCGAACUGAUGGGGAACAACUACUGAAAUUCCCUGUGCCUCAAGUGAUUCAAGAUAGUAGGACUGCGUGGAGGACUGAUGAAGAAUUCGCCAGAGAAAUGCUUGCUGGAGUAGACCCUGUUAUCAUUCGUCUUCUUGAAGAAUUUCCUCCAACAAGCAAGCUAGAUGCUAAGGUAUAUGGUAAUCAAAAUAGUGCUAUAACAAAGGAACACAUAGAGCAUAACCUCGAGGGGCUCACCAUAGAAGAGGCACUGAGGACCAACAGGUUAUUCAUAUUGGAUCAUCAUGAUACCCUUAUGCCAUACCUGAGGAGGGUAAACUCUACUACAACAAAGACUUACGCGUCUAGGACUGUCUUGCUUUUGAGGAAUGACGGGACUUUGAAGCCAUUGGCGAUUGAAUUGAGCUUGCCACAUCCAAAUGGGGAUCAACUUGGUGCUGUUAGCAAGGUUUACACACCAGCAGAACAUGGAGUUGAAGGUUCCAUAUGGCAGCUGGCUAAAGCUUAUGUGGCUGUAAAUGACUCUGGUGUACAUCAGCUCAUAAGCCAUUGGUUGAACACUCAUGCGGUGAUUGAGCCAUUUGUGAUUGCGACGAACAGGCAGCUAAGUGUGGUUCAUCCAAUUUAUAAGCUUCUUCAACCUCACUACCGUGACACAAUGAACAUAAACGCAUUUGCCAGGCAGAUCCUGAUAAAUGGAGGUGGAAUCUUAGAGUUAACAGUUUUCCCUGCAAAAUAUGCCAUGGAAAUGUCAUCAGUAGUAUAUAAGAAUUGGAAUUUGCUUGACCAGGCACUUCCCAGAGAUCUCAAGAAAAGAGGAGUUGCAGUUGAUGAUAAGAACUCACCAAAUGGCCUUCGCCUACUGAUAAAAGACUAUCCAUAUGCUGUUGACGGAUUGGAAAUCUGGUUUGCAAUUGAAAAAUGGGUCAGAGACUAUUGCUCCUUCUACUACAAGACCGAUGAAAUGGUUCAACAAGACCCUGAGCUUCAAGCCUGGUGGAAGGAACUUCGAGAGGAAGGGCAUGGUGACAAGAAAAAUGAGCCAUGGUGGCCUAAAAUGCAGACCCGUGAAGAGCUGAUUGAUACGUGCACCAUCAUCAUAUGGGUGGCCUCUGCUCUCCAUGCAGCGGUUAACUUUGGGCAAUAUCCUUAUGCGGGCUACCUCCCCAACCGCCCAACUAUAAGCCGCAGGUUCAUGCCAGAGAAAGACACCCCUGAAUAUGCUGAGCUCGAGUCGAACCCUGACAAGGCUUACUUGAAAACAAUCACUGCUCAGCUGCAGACUCUCCUUGGAAUUUCCUUGAUAGAAAUUCUGUCAAGGCACUCAUCGGAUGAGGUUUAUCUUGGGCAAAGAGACACUCCUGAAUGGACAUCAGAUGCCAUACCACUAGCAGCUUUUGAGGAAUUCGGAAAGAGGCUUUCAGGAAUUGAGGAAAGAAUUGUGGAGAUGAACAAGGACGAGCAAUUGAAGAACCGUGUUGGUCCAGUCAAUAUGCCCUACACUUUGCUCUAUCCUACUAGUGAAGGUGGACUCACUGGCAAGGGAAUUCCAAACAGUGUCUCGAUCUAAUGCUUCUUCAAUUCUUCAUAAUUUAGGGUCUAUAAUUAUUAUUAUUUAUUUAUUUCUUACUUAAGUAUAACAUUUGUAUACAAAUAAAUGUUGCUAUGACUUAGUUAAAUAAAGCUUAUGCUCAAAUUAAAUUAACCAAGGCAUUGUUUAUUCUCUUUUGGGAAA